AUGUUACGAACUAUUUUACAACGAAACUGUCAACUGCACCCAAAAAACGUAUCUCACAUACGAUUCUACUCCCAAAACCCAUCGACCAGGGUGUGUAUUGUUGGUGCCGGGCCAGCUGGAUUCUAUGCGGCACAACAUAUUUUGAAACAGCUACCAAAUGCCAAUGUCGAUGUUAUUGAUAAAUUGCCAGUUCCAUUUGGUUUGGUCAGGUUUGGUGUUGCACCCGAUCAUCCUGAAGUAAAAAAUGUAAUUAACACCUUUACCAAAACGGCCGGGAAUGAACGUUUCAAAUUCUAUGGCAAUGUGGCACUGGGACAAGAUGUCAGUUUGCGGGAAUUACGUGAACGUUAUCAUAUAGUAUUACUUACCUAUGGUGCCGAUCAAGAUCGCCAGUUGGGCAUUGAAAAUGAAGCACAACCAAAUGUUUUGUCAGCUCGAAAUUUCGUUGCCUGGUAUAAUGGUUUACCGGGUGCAGAAAAUUUAAAUCCUGAUUUGUCGGGGAAAUCGGUGACAAUUGUGGGUCAGGGAAAUGUAGCUGUAGAUGUUGCCCGUAUGUUGCUGAGUCCCAUUGAUGAAUUAAAGAAAACCGACAUAACCUCCUAUGCCCUAGACUUUCUUGCCCAAAGUAAAGUAGAAAAAGUAUAUCUUGUUGGACGACGAGGACCUCUACAGGUAGCAUUCACCAUUAAAGAAUUAAGAGAAAUGUUACGUUUACCAAAUGUCAGCACACAUUGGCGUCCUGACGACUUUAAUGGUGUAUCGGAAGCCAUUGAGAAAUUAGCCCGACCACGUAAACGUUUAACAGAACUCAUGCUAAAAAGUCUUAACGAACAACCAACACCACCAAAAUGUACAAAACAAUUUCUGCCAAUUUUCUUAAGAUCACCAAAAACCCUCAAGGAACAAGAAUUAAUAUUUACUAUUAAUGAAAUGCAACAAGAUAAGGCGGUGGCCACUUCAUCCACGGAAAGUCUUCCCGCCGAUUUAGUACUCCGAAGUAUAGGUUAUAAAUCAUCGUGUGCCGAUAAGGAACUGUGUUUUGAUGCACGGGCUGGUAUGGUGGCCAAUGUAAAUGGACGUGUGCUGAAAAAUGCCAACGAUGCAACCUCCGUAGAUCCUGGUCUUUAUACUGCUGGUUGGUUAGCCACUGGACCCACGGGUGUUAUACUUACCACAAUGAAUGUUGCCUUUUCUGUGGCUAAAACUAUAUGUGAUGAUGUGGUGGCAAAGAAAAUCUCCACGGAGGAUAGUAAACCUGGUUUAAUGGAUUUGUUGAAGGACAAACGUUAUGUUAACUGGCAGGCAUGGGAACGGAUUGAUGCUGAAGAGACAAAACGUGGCCAGGCAAUUGGUAAACCAAGGGAGAAAAUUGUCAGCGUUGAGGAGAUGUUAAAGGUAGCUGGAUUGUAA